CUUGAGUUCUAUUAGCUUAAGGUAAUGUCCUUGUGUGCAUGGUCCUGGAGAGGGAAGAGAGAACUUUCACCCAUGCUCUCGGCUCUGCCCCCAGACAGGUUCCGUAUCAGUUAGAAGAUGCAAUGGCAGGCCCUGAGCCAACCACAAAAGAGCUAAUGGGACCCAAAGUCCUGACCUUCCACACUCCUCAGGUUCAGAAGGUUAAAGGAGAUCUCUCCUACCAGAAGGUAGAAGGCCCUUUGGAGAAGCCAGUUCUACCUGCCCAAAACCACUGGGUUGCCUUGUUGUCCCCAUGGCAACAGCAGCACUUCAUGAAGCAGACCCAUCUUUAUAUCCGCACAUGCUGUACCGGACUGUGUGCGUUUACUUUAGUCUUGCUCCUUUGCAUCUCUCCAAUGCCUUGGGUGACGUUCCUUCUGGCCAAGAAUGGCCUUGAGCUCCACGCGGGACUCUGGACCCUGUGUGAACACCACCUCUGCUGGAGCCACGUGCCCAGCCCACCCUACUACCUCCAGAUCUCCAGGAUCUUUUUCCUCCUCUCUGCCCUCUCUGCCUUCAUUCUCCUCGGCUGGGUCCUCAACUCCUGCCGGCAUGGGAAAGAGCCCACUGCUCAUUUGGAUCGAGAGGUGGCCAUCCUCUCUUUAAUUUCAGGAACCAGUCUGUUUUUCUGCCUUGUGCUUUUUCUGAUGCAAGUCAAAAAGUACACUACCUACAAGAUGGGGUCAUCUUACCUGUGGAUCUUCCACUUUAACUGGUGGGGUAGCUUCUUAUACAUAGUGGCUGGAGUCAUCUCCUUUUUUAACUACAAAACCUUUGGGGUUUUGCCCUCUGACACGGAUGCCAAUGAAAUUCUCCUAACGAGGAGAAGAUUAGGAAUUAAUCCAAAGAUGUGGCCAACAUCAGCAAGAGAAGAGGAAGAGCCAGAAUCAGAGAUGGUUGUAGACCCAAUAGUGGAAUUAGAGUCCAUAGUACCCUCUUUGGAUAAUAAGAAUAUCACAAAGCCACCAAAAUAAAUAGGAAUAGGAAAAUACAAUUCUAGUUUACCUUAGAGAUAGGACUUAAGGGUGGAGGAAUGGGGCUAAGAUGUGAGAGAUACUCUAUUCUCUUUACAACUGGGGCUGUUUGGAAGGAUGAUUGUAUUAGAAAUAACUCCGAGGUCACAAAGAAAGAUCCUGCUCCAGAUUGUAACCCACUGAAAAAGAUAACAUUAAUGUUUAUGAAAUAGCAUUUGUAUUGCCUAAGGUAACUAUAAUUCAUUGGUCACUUAUUAGAGAAAAAAUCAUCCCAAAGAUAAAAUGUUCAGGGCCAUGAAUAGUGGAGACUGGUAAUAGAUAUGGAAUGAGCACCAAGAAAUUUCAAGAGAUGCUAAUGGUCAUAAUAUAGGUUGCAUAGGGAGGAAAAGUAUGUAGGUAUGGUUGUCUGGGAAUACUCGUUUCUUCCUACUGGUCCUCAGAGACAGAACUCAUUUAAGGGAGACAGGAAAGUAUAGUCCUAGAAUCCCAGCUAAGUAAGGUUAGUUCUCAUCUUCCUUUAUGACUUUUUAAAUAUUAAAUUUAAAAUUUUUUUAAAAUACCAAAACAAAAAUAAAAUGAUGUGACUUUCUGAAUUUCCAGCACAUAAAAAUAAGAUCUUCUAUGAAAAAUUG